AAGCAGAAAUGUAAACUGCCUGAACAGCACACAGAUCGGUCAAGGACUGGACUAUAGACUAAAAUACUACAUAGUAGCAACAUAUGUAGCUGCUCUUUGACCCUGUAUAAUAUAUGAGUCUACCCCAAUAAGCAACCACACGUGUCUUCACAGUUCAUGUAACACAUGCACUACCACCAACACAAAUAAUCUGAAUUCUGAUUUGAAGUCCAUACCCAAAAUCAAAUCACUUACUUGCUCACAAAAAUGGCUGGUUAUGGUAGUGGUAUUUUUGCAGAGAUCAUAGAUGAUGGUGAUGAUGGAGUCUUUAAAUACUACGCAGAUGGCCAGUGGAAUAAAUCCUCAUCUGGAAAAUCUGUUCCUAUCAUCAAUCCCACCACCAGAAAGACCCACUUCAAGGUCCAAGCUUGUACCCAGGAAGAGGUUAACAGGGUCAUAGAAUCAGCAAAAACAGCUCAAAAAUCAUGGGCCAAGACUCCACUGUGGAAAAGAGCAGAGUUGCUUCACAAAGCUGCAGCAUUGCUGAAGGAGCACAAAGCCCCCAUUGCAGAGUGCCUUGUUAAGGAGAUUGCAAAGCCAGCUAAGGAUGCAGUCACUGAAGUUGUCAGAUCAGGGGAUUUGGUGUCCUACUGUGCUGAGGAAGGUGUGAGGAUUCUUGGGGAAGGAAAAUUUCUGGUCUCUGAUAGUUUUCCAGGCAAUGAAAGAACCAAAUACUGUCUCACUUCCAAGAUUCCACUAGGAGUUAUUUUAGCUAUUCCACCCUUUAACUAUCCUGUUAAUCUGGCUGUUUCAAAGAUUGGUCCGGCGCUUAUUGCUGGAAACUCCAUUGUGCUUAAACCUCCAACCCAGGGUGCUGUUGCUGCACUACAUAUGGUGCAUUGCUUUCAUUUGGCUGGCUUCCCAAAAGGUCUUAUUAGCUGUGUGACAGGAAAAGGAUCUGAGAUUGGUGACUUUCUUACUAUGCAUCCAGGGGUGAACUGCAUAAGUUUCACAGGUGGCGACACUGGAAUAGCAAUAUCAAAGAAAUCUGGAAUGAUUCCUCUUCAAAUGGAGCUGGGUGGAAAAGAUGCUUGCAUUAUUCUUGAAGAUGCUGACUUGGAUUUGGCAGCUGCUAACAUUGCAAAAGGAGGUUUCUCCUACAGUGGUCAGAGAUGCACGGCUGUGAAGGUUGCCUUGGUCAUGGAAUCAGUUGCUGACACUCUUGUUAAAAAAAUCAAUGACAAAGUUGCAAAGUUAACUGUUGGGCCUCCUGAGGAUGACUGCGAUAUCACCCCAGUUGUAACAGAAUCCUCUGCUAACUUUAUAGAAGGGUUGGUAAUGGAUGCUAAGAAGAAAGGAGCAACAUUCUGCCAGGAAUACAAAAGAGAGGGAAAUCUCAUAUGGCCAGUUCUGUUGGAUAACGUUCGUCCUGACAUGAGGAUAGCAUGGGAGGAGCCGUUCGGACCGGUUUUGCCUGUUAUCAGAAUCAAUUAUGUUGAAGAAGGAAUCCACCAUUGUAAUGCUAGCAAUUUUGGCCUUCAGGGAUGUGUCUUCACAAGAGACAUAAACAAAGCAAUGCUGAUAAGCGAUGCGAUGGAGACAGGAACAGUUCAAAUUAAUUCAGCACCAGCUCGUGGACCUGAUCACUUUCCUUUUCAGGGUCUGAAGGAUAGUGGUAUUGGUUCUCAAGGAAUCACCAACAGUAUUAACAUGAUGACAAAGGUUAAGACCACAGUAAUCAACCUACCAGCCCCUUCUUACACUAUGGGAUGAGAUACCUGAUAAAAUUGCAAGUUACUCAAAGCAAUAGUCAUCACUAAUUAAGGAAGAGGAGGUGCUUCCCAAUUCCCCAUGCUUCAGUUUAGCCUAGUGGAGCGAGUCAUUGACAGUUCUGAUUGCAUAUAAAUAAUCUUUGUCAGAUUUGACUUAUAUUGUAUGUUUGUAUGAAUAAAAGGUAGAACUGUUUGUUUGUAUAGGAUACGAAACUUGAAUAAAUUCUGAUUCUCGGAAUCAAGUGUCUUCACCUAAUAAUUUAAACUUUUGGAAUAAUUUAAACUUUUGGAAUAGUUGAUUUAUAAUAAACGGAUGAUUCUUGUCU